AUGGUCUUCACCAAUCUGGAUUGUCCCAAAAAAAUUGACGCAUCCGGACAACAAAAAUGGCGUAUAGUUAUCGACUAUCGGAAAUUAAACGACAUCACUGUUGGUGCCAGCUACCCUAUACCGCAAAUAUCCGAAAUUUUAGAUGAGCUAGGACAGAGCAAAUACUUCUCAACCCUUGAUCUUGCGUCAGGAUUUCACCAGAUUUUAAUCAAUGUGGAAGACGCUCCCAAAACAGCCUUUAGUGUACCACAAGGACACUACCAAUUUACAAAAAUGCCGUUUGGUUUAAAAAACGCGCCUGCCACUUUCCAACGAUUAAUGAAUACCGCGCUCACAGGCCUCCAAGGUAUACGGUGUUUUGUCUACCUUGACAACAUUGUCAUAUAUUCUCAUGAUUUAAAUUCUCAUAUUGAUAACCUUUCUUCAGUAUUCCAAAGGCUUCGAAACUACAAUUUAAAACUCCAACCUGACAAGUGCGAGUUUCUCCGACGUGAAGUCGCAUAUCUUGGCCAUCAAAUAACUAAAGAUGGUGUAAACCCUAACCCUGAAAAGGUAAAAGCGGUAACUCAAUUUCCUACUCCCAAAUCCCCGAAAGACAUUAAGUCCUUCCUCGGUCUUGUAUCCUAUUAUCGGCGUUUUAUUGCCAACUUCUCAGAAAUUGCUAAAUCUUUAACUCAACUUCUAAAAAAGGGUGUCCCCUUUCUAUGGGAAAACCAACAACAAGUCGCCUUCGACGAACUCAAGCACAAACUUACCUCUGCUCCCAUCCUCAUUUAUCCAGAUUUUUCCAUCCCUUUCAUCCUAACAUGUGAUGCCUCUAAUUAUGCUGUUGCUGCUGUACUCAGUCAAGGUCCAAUUGGCAAAGAUAGGCCAAUAGCCUUUGCCUCUCGGACACUCAACGAAAGCGAAUAUCCUAGUAGCAAGUUACAAAGAUGGCACCUAAAACUAAUAGAAUACGAGUAUGAGAUCGAAUACAAGAAAGGAAAACUUAAUGCCGCUACUGACGCCCUAUCCCGAUAUCCUGUAAACCCAGUUCAACCAUCAGACUCUGGUCCUAUUCCAUCCAAUUCUAAUCAAAAUGAAGAUAACUCCACACCUCAAUUCAGCCGUCUUACUCUUGACGAUCUUGACAUCCAACUACAUCCUGAUUCCUUAGACCUCGACUAUAAACUAUCUUCUGUAGACCUCUUGGAAAACGAUGAUUCACUACCAGGUAUCGACGAUCCUCCUACACCGACCACAUCUGACAAAUCUCCAGAUCCUAUACCAAAUCCUUCUCGUGACAAUAAUUAUAGCAAAUUCCUAAAAACAAUGGGCAACAAAGACUUUAAUAGUAUCACAAUUGUAAUUAUAGUUUUUAUUAUGUGCUUUAUUAUUUAUAAGAUGUAUAAAACUUGCAUACACAAGAAAAUAAUGAAAUCUAAAGAAAAUAAAACUCCUGAAUUUAAGGACAUUGAAUUAGAUGACAGUAACCCCUCAAAUAUUAACACGGGACCUUCUCUUCGAAUCGGCUAA